GUCGACUACUUGUUGAUGACUAUGCAUCACGUUUCUUUCUUUCUUUCUUCUCAUCAUCCUUGUCAAGGCGUUCUCGAGAUAUGAAAAGGGAUCGGGAAAAAUGGGAGGCUAGCAUUUUUGGAAGGAAAAGGAAAACCAAAAAGUGAUUCCGGUAUGUGGAAAGACGGAGUCCAAAAAUGGCGUCUCUUCUCUUUUUGAGGUUGUGGCCGGCGAUGUCACGCCUCCUGUCUGAUACACAUGGAUUGAUGAAUUGGGGAAAUGAAAUGAUCCAUAACUCUUUUCUGCAAAUACAAGUACAGAAAUGUACAUAUCUCCAAAACUCGCUGCGCAAGCUCUUCCUUGAACAUCCCUCUUCUAAGUCUCAGGUGAUUGUCCCUGUUUGCAUGACUAUCGUUUCGUGUGUCGGUCUUUCUCCUAGCAAUGACUCGCUCAGGGGUCUUGGUUACAUGUCCGUCUCCAGCUCUGUCAAGCGUCUUCCACCUCUAAAUUAGCCACCCUUCAACGGUGAGCUAGUUUUAGAUAUGUAGAUCCUA